GAAUAAAAACAUGAAUGAGUUUCUGUAUGAGUUUGUCCUUUUGAUUUAGUCUAGGUGCACUUUGGGACGCUUUGAAAUAGUUUGACGUAACACAUCCUCUUUUGCAGAAGUCACGUGACCUUGUUGGCUUGACACGAGCCCAUCAUCGGUACCCUGCAUUACUGCUGUCAUUCAGUUUGUAUGCGGUCAGAAACGGCAUCAUGAGGAACCAUUCUUCCCUUUUUUUGGUUGUAUUAGCUCUACUCAUGGACGGUGUUUCUGUGGCUGUGACAGAUGACGUGAAGCCCGUGUCCGUGAUGAAGGGAGAUUCUGUCAUUCUCAACACUGGUGUUUCUGAACUACAGAGCGAUGAUACCAUAGAAUGGAUCUUUGGAGAUAAACUUAUCAUAGCGAAAAUUGAGGGAAAAAACAAAAUCUCAAUCAAUGCUUUCAGAGACAGGCUGGAGCUGGACAGUGAGAAUGGCUCUCUCACCAUCAAGGACAUCACGAAUGAACAAGAGGGACUUUAUAAAGUAGACAUCAGAGGCCGCUAUGAGACAUCCAAGAGAUUCAAUGUUACUGUCCGUGAUGUUGUGGAGUCAGUGUCAGUGCUGGAGGGAGACACUGUCACUCUACACACUGGUGUUACUAAAAAACAGAGAGAUGAUCAGAUACUGUGGAAGUUUAAAGAUCAAGUCAUCAACACUGAUCGCUUAAACGGCCCUGACGCGAGAUGGAGUAACAUUGAUCUCAAUGAUCAAACCGGAGAAAUCACCAUCAGAAACAUCCGAAGAGAUCAGACUGGAGAUUAUAAAGUGGAGAUCAACACCAGCAGUAUGAUCUUACACAGAAAACGAUUUAUUACUGUUGAUGAAGUGAAGACGGUGUCAGUGAACGAGGGAGAUUCGAUCAUUCUGCGCACUGGUGUUAUUAAUAUACAGGAAUGUGAUCAGAUAUUGUGGAAGUUUGUAGACCAUCUAAUAGCUAAAAUAAAUAAAGGGGAGAAUCAGUUUUCAUUAUUUAGUGCUGAUGGGAGAUUUGAAGGCAGACUGCAUCCGGACUAUCAGUCUGGUUCUCUGACGAUCAGUAACUCCAACAUCACAGACUCUGGAGAUUAUCAUCUGAAGAUGAGCAACAGCACAUACACCAUACAGAGGAACAUCAGUGUUUCUGUCAGACCAGACCCGCGCAGUCCAGAUCCAGGUCCUCACACAAAUUAUAUACUUGUAUGUGGUCUUGUGUUUGGGAUUGGCUUUCUGGUUGCAUCUGCGACUGCUGUAGCGAUUUUCUGUUACAAGGAGAGAAAAAAAGAAAGGGCAGGUUUCGAUGCAGUUCAAAACCCAGGAUCAGGAUGAGUCACCCAACUGCAACAGUAAAAAAUGCUGUAAUAAUACAAAUGAGCUAUAUGAGCUAUAAAUUGGCAAGAGCUGUAUUUGGUACAAACAGAGAAGGAAGUUUUGUUUGAUGUAUUCAUUUGCAUUACACACUGAUCUGUGUAUUUAGUCUGUAUACAGUUUACAGACCAUUGACUUGUCGAGUUUAAAGGUCCCCUGACAUGUUUUUUUUUUAUUAUUAUUCUAUAAUGUU